AUUUUGUAUUGAUGGAAAACAAAUUCUCUAUACCACUGUGUUGUCUUUAAGACUCUGGAUGUGGGAAGAAACCAUAUGGGAAAAACAAAUCUUUGGGCAGUCCAAGCAAAGGUCUCCUGACCUAGCAGCCAAAACUGCCCCAUACUCCUGCCAUGUACCCCAGCCCUCUCAUCUACUGCACCUGCUGGGACCCUUGGAACUUGGGACCACGGAAGCUAAUCAAGACCCCUCAGCCACCAAGAAAGACCUCCACAGGGAAGCCCAAGCCAACUCUUCUUUCUCCAGCUUCAGAAAACCAAAAUUAUAUCCAACCAACAACAAAACCUACUGUCUUCCCAAGAGUGAAAACCCAUUUAGGAAAACAAGAGGAGAGCAAUAAUUUCCCUUAUGAAGUAAUCAACGUGUCACCUGGCUAUCGCCUGUUUCGGAAUAGGGAGCAAAUUUCUGUCACCUUGGGAGAUGAGAUGUUUGAUAGAAAAAAGCAUUUGAAAUCAGAGACUAUGGACAAAGUCAAAACUUCCAGGACUGAUAUCAUUACUGACCUAGAAGAGCAGAUCUCAGAGCUGACGAUGUUAAUAGAGCAAAUGAACAGAGACCACCAGUCUGCCGAAAAAUUGCUCUCUGAUGAAAUGGAUCUCCGCUGUGCUGAAAUGAAGCAGAACUUUGAAAACAAGAACAGGGAGCUCAAAGAGGCUCAUGCAGCAGAACUCAAGGAGUUGGAGAACAACUACAAAGCAAUCUUAAAGGCAGAGAAGUUGGCUGCCCAGGAAAAACUAGAGGAGAUGGGAAAGGAACACAAGUAUUUGAAGACUAUGUUUCUUAUGUAUCAGGACAGCAUUUAUGAUGAGCUAGAAGAUAAGUGGUCAAGGAAGAAAGCAGAAUGGGAGAAGGAUGAGAAGUUGGAGCGCGAAAAGAUCCUGCUACAGCAAAAAAAUAAGAUGACAAAAAAGUUUGAGUUAGAGUCAGAGGAAGAAAGGAAGAAAAUAAAUGACUCAUACAGUGCUGUCCUUGAGAACUGCAAUCGAGAGAAAGAGGAACUCUUGAAACAACAUGAAAAUGAUACCUUGCGAUUAGAGGAGCUUAAAAAGACCAAAGAGAUCAUAGAGGAAGAGUUGCAUGCACAAGUUAUUAUCCUAGAAUCACUUAACACAACCCUCUACCAAACCCAGAUGGAACUCCAGAGAGAGAAAGCUGUGGUGGGAAAUCUGGAGAAAACACUCCAGUCCAAGCUUGCCGAAUCUGAAGAGAAGUUUAAACACACCAUACAGCUCCUGACAGAAGAAAACAUUAAUCUGAGGCAACAGAUAAUUGCCAAGAAUGAAGAAAUUUAUGAAGAAGGAUUUGGAAGAUCAACCUGUAUUACUAUUUAUGAAGAUGAUUCUGACACUGUAGAAGAUAGUAGCAGCAAAAGACAAGAAUUAUGA